AUGAAGUUUUUAAAAGGAACUUUCCUCAGUAUUAAAGAUUACGAUAUCACUGCAGUCGAUCAAGUUCCUCCAUCUCAUCCCGUCAAUCCAGGAGACCCAGUGACACUGCAGUGUUCAGUCCUGUCCGACAGCACCGAGAGCCAAACGUGUCCAGAAUAUCACAGAGUGCACUGGUUCAGAGCUGACUCCGAUAGAUCUAAUCCCAGAUUAAUUUCCACUCAUGGAGACGGCAGCCAUAAAUGUGAAAAUGGCACUGAAGCUCUCUCUCCCCCAAAAUGUGUCUCCAACUUCUGUGAGAAUGUCAACUCCUCUGAUGCUGGGAUUUACUACUGUGCCGUUUCCACAUGUGCACAGAUUUUAUUUGGACGUGGAACAAAAGUGGACGAUGAAGUUUCAGCACCGCGUGCAUCUCCAACCCUGCUCCUGUUAUGUGCUACACUGACUUUAAGUCUGAUUGUUAUUGCAUUCCUCAUUUAUUUCAUCAAGAUGAAAAACUGUGACUGUUGCAAAGAGACCGUAGCAGUCGGCAGAAACCAGCAAACUCAGCAGAGAGAUGAGAACUCUUUGGUUUAUUAUGUGCCGACCUUCACGAGAAGGAACGCAGAGCAGAGAGAGGGAAUGGAAACGCAGCAGAAGAAGAGACGGUCUACAGUAAAGUCAGGGCUUCUCCAAGACAGUAAUUCAAACUAUUGAUUUGUGUGUGUGUGUGUGUAUAUAUACAGUAUAUGAGGAGAGUGUGCUAAGGUCAUUAUAGACAGACAUGGUGGUUGUUGAUAAACAGCAGUGGUGAUGGACGUCUCCAUCUCAAGCAACAGGAACAUCAAGAAGAAGUGACACGAGGAGCUUGAGAAAUAGGCUGAAGGCCUGAAAGAGGAGUUGAUGGGGAAGUUGUGGGGGAGUAAAGGCAACUGUGGUCCAAUGAUGAUGGGAGCACAAGAGGCUGUAACCCCCAAACUGGUAGAGUGGCUCCAACAGAUUCUAGGAACAAACGUCUGAGAUCUCUGUCCAGAAGAGCACAAUCCUAGGAGCAGCUAAGAUACUGUGCAGGAAUCUCAGGCUACCAGGCUUGUGGUAGGAGAAGCAAGACGUCCUUAGGUUCGGACAUUUUUUAAAUGUAUAUACAGUAUGUAUAUAUUUAUACACACCUGAUAUUGGUAACAAUUUAUUUAGA